AUGAGUGGAACAAUUGAAGUGGUUUCCACUCCAAAACAACUACAACAACUACAACAACAAAAACAAAAACAACAACAACAGCAGCAGCAGGAGCCUUAUGAUAUUUCUAAGGAAGGAAAUAUUUUGUUAGAUCCUGGAAACCAUGAUCCAAGUCACUUUAAAAGUAAGAUGUCUAAAAUAAGGUUUCAAUUUAGACAGUAUAUGACAAAAUUUACAGAUCAUCAAUCAGAAUAUUUAGCUGAAUGGCAAAGGAAACAUUCUUCUCCGUUCAGAGAUUAUUUUUUCCCAUAUACUGCAUUAAUGGGAUCACAUACAUUUUAUGUUAUUUUUUUACCGAUGCCUGUAUGGUUUGGUUAUUUUGAACAAACAAGAGAUUUAGUGUAUAUUCUUGGUUAUUCCAUAUAUCUGAGUGGAUUUUUAAAAGAUUAUUGGUGUCUUCCAAGACCCAAAUCUCCACCAGUGAAAAGAAGUACACUAAGUAAAUAUACAGCGAAGGAAUAUGGUGCGCCAAGUUCACAUUCAGCUAAUGCCAUGGGCGCCACCAUGUAUUUUAUAUAUUAUAUUUGGGAUUGUUCAAGUUUCAACAUAUUUCUUAAGAUGUGCUACACUGGAUUUGCUAUAUUAUAUUACAUGACAUUAGUCAUUGGAAGAAUUUAUUGUGGUAUGCAUGGUUUCUUAGACAUAAUAUCAGGGUCCAUAUGUGGGGCUGUAUGUUUUGGUACGAGAAUGUGGUUACGUUACAUUUUCAGGGACUUCCGUAGUGGAGAGUAUGUUUCGUUCCCAGUUAUCAGUGUAACUAUCGGAUUACUACUGCUAUAUAAACAUGUUAAACCCAUUGAUGAAUGCCCAUGCUUUGUUGACAGUGUAGCGUUUAUUGGUGUUAUAUCAGGAUAUGAAGUCGGAGAUUGGGUUCUACAGAGAUACAAUAUGGAUUUAUAUUGUAGCAAAUUUAAUCAGAUUGGGAUGUCUAUCAUUUUAAGACCGUUAAUUGCAGUCCCGUUUAUUAUUAUAUGGAAAGAAUUACUGAGCAAGAAAAUUAUUUACACGUUUUUAACAAAGGUGUUAAGAUUAACAGACGAUAGAGCUUCAGUUAUUAAAAAGCGUAAAGAAAUGACAAACAGCCAUGAAUGUACACCCUAUAUAGGAGAGCCAAAAAUUGAAAUUCUGGGAAGAUUUCUUAUAUAUUCCGGUAUUCCAAUGAUUACAAUUAUAUUAGCUCCACUAGUAUUUAGAAUGAUUGGUAUUAAAUAA